GUGGACGAGAACACGAGGAAGAGUCUCUUCAAGUUACGCUCGACGUGGGACGACGUGUUUCCGCUGAAGAAGCUGUACGCGCUCGACGCCCGCGUCAACUCGGUGGACCCGGCGUGGCCGAUCAAGCCGCUGCCGCCCACCGUCAACGCCAGCAUCCACGUCAACCCCAAGUUCCUAAAGCAGUCGGAGGAGGCGCCGUCUCCGCAGCCCGCCCCGGCCCAGCCGGUGCCGGCCCCGGCUCCUCCGGCUCCGCAGCCGGUCCCGGCCGUCAGCCCGGCCAGCCUGAGCCAGGAGCAGCUGAUCCGGCAGCAGCUGCUGGCCAAACAGAAACAGCUGCUGGAGCUGCAGCAGAAGAAGAUCGAGCUGGAGCUGGAGCAGACCAAGGCACAGCUGGCGGGGGGGUUCGUGAUGCCGACGGCAGUCUCCGCCCCUGCAGCCGCGCCGAAGACCGCCAGCCAAACGGCUCCGGCGGUGCGGCCGUGGAUCCCCCCUCAGACUCCGCCGGACGUCAAACCCCCCACCCGAGACCCGCGUCUGAACCGCACCGGCCCGGCGGCCGCCUCCUCCCCCCAGCCCAAAGAACAGCCUGCUGGGAAGAAAGACGGCCCCCCCGCGACAGGAAGCCACGCGUCGACUCCGGAGAAGCCCGCCCGCCCGGAGAAGGUCAGGACCCCGAAGAAAGAGGCGUCGGAGGAGAAACCCAAGUCCAAGCCCCCGUCGCCGAUGGCCAAAAGCAUCCCGAGUAAAAACAAAGCGGCGGAGCCGGACACUCGGUCGGCCGACGGCACGAAGAAAGAUCCGAGGCUGAAGAAACGGCCGCAGGACAAGACGGGCGACGCCAAGGACGACGAGAUGAAGGAGAAGAAGAGAUGCACCGACAAGAAGGAGCGAGAGGAGGCGGCGGCGCGCGGACCGGACCCGCACCGGGUCCCCAAGGGGAAGCUGGUCAACGGCUCGGUCGCCAAACACGACCGCGAGGCGUCCGCCGAGAGGCUCGAGUCCAAGACCGGAGGCAACGCCCGCACGCACGCCAGGAAACGCACCCGGUCCAGGUCUCGCUCGCCCUCCGCCGCCGCCUCCCCGAAGAGGAAGGACCGGCGCUCGCCCAAGAGCCGAACGCGGAGCAGCUCUUUGUCCCCGUCGCCGUCGUCUCACAAACCGGGAAAACCCAGGAGAGUCCGGGGCGCCGCCGACGAACCCGAGCACGGCAAGCCCGGCCGAGAGGACCGCCCCGCGCCCAAGAAGAACCAAUCGGAGAGCCGCAGGUCCAAGAGGCCGGCGGACGACCGGCGCUCCGAGUCCAGAGACUCUCAUUCACCGAGGAGCCACGACGGCAAGGAGGCGCCGCACCGCUGGAGGAGCGGCUGGGAGGAGAACAAACAUCCGAAGCUGCCGGAGGAUUCUCACAUGAAGCCGGCUCCUCCGAGACACAAACCGUACGGGACCCCGACUCGCCCCCACCCCCGGACCCCGAAGCACCGCCUCAGCGUGGACGCCAACCUGCAGAUACCUGAAGUCCUCAACUCCGCCUCCAAGAAGGAUCUGCUCCGGAGGGCCAGCAAGCGUCUGGAGAGCGGGGAGAUUUCCCAGGAGGACUUCCUGAACAUGGCCCACCAGAUCAAACACUUCUUCCAGUACCAGGAGGAGAAGCAGCGCUCCGACAGCUGGGACGACCCCGCCGACUACCCCCCCAAGAAGCCGCUGGCGCCGCCGCUGCCGGGCCCCCCCGCCGCGCCGCGGCCGCACGACGCCAUGGACGCCGCGCAGCUGUCCUACUACGAGCACAAGUCCAAGCUGAGGAAGACGCAGGUGAACCGAGCGCGCGCCGCCGGAGAGGAGUGGGACGGCGAGGACAGUUCGGAGGAGGGGGAGGGGCAAGGCGAGAAGACGUGCCGCGGCGCCGGGCAGCCGCCGGCGCAUAAAUACAGCCGCGCGCCACGGGACCUGCAAGGCGAGCGGAGGAGUAAGGAGCGCGAGGAGCAGCGGCCCCCGCUCGGCCCCAUGAUCGAGGAGUACAACCACGGCAAAGAGUUCCCGGCCCUGAAGUCUCUCCCGGGCCUCCGCUUCAGGAGGAGGGCCGACCCCCGAGAGCCCAGUGAGAGGGAGUGGACCUCGCCGCUGACGGAGCGCCAGCGCUUCGCCGAGCGCGAGGUGCCGAAGAGCGGCUACGACGCGCCGCGGCGGUACGGCCCCCCCGCCGACCCCCGGAGGCCGGAGGGGGGGCCCCCGCUCCCCGGCACCGUGGUCCACAGGAACUCGCCGAGCCCGGCCGGUCUGGACCUGGCGGCUCCCCGGAUCGAGCGGGAACGCCUGUCCCCCUUACACCAGAAAGAGUUGGCGGAGCUGAGCCCGCGGUUUGAGAGCCCCAACAGCGAGCACUCCGACGACGGGCCCCUCAGUCUGGACCCCCACGUCCCCCCUCCUCACCCUCUCCCCCCGCCUAAAUCCAUCCUCAAGGGCCCGGCCCGUGCCGGACCGCUGUCCUCCGUGCGCCAGCACAGUGACUCACCGGGACACACGCCGCCUCAUGACGGCGGGCCCCCCCCGCCCCGGUACGACGCCCCGGGACACAUAGGCCCCUCCAGACCAAACCCCCCAGGGUGGUACGAAAACAGCGGCCCCGGGCGCUUCGAUGACUCGUCCCGCUUUGAGGGGCCUCCCCACCAGGGUCCCGGCAGGUUCACCAACAACGGGGGCGGCGGGGGACAUCACAACAUCCCGGAGAGGUUCGACGGACCCCUCAUGUCUCACGGGCCAAUGGGACGCUUCGACGGCCCCCCACACCCUCAGGGCCCCGUGAGGUUUGACGGUCCCGUCGGGCAGCAGCCCCCCGUGAGAUUUGAGGGGCCAGGACACUUCGAUGGCCCCAUGCAGCGCUUUGAGGGGCCGCGGCGCUUUGAUAACAACAUGGCACCGGGCCCCGGAUCUGGGCCAAUGGGCUUCCAGCAGCAGCAGCGGCCCAUGCGCUUCGACGGCCCCCCCAACCAGAUGGGCCCCAUGCGGUUUGAGGGCCCCGGCCCGAUGCACUAUGAGUCGCCGGGGCAACCGGGCCCCCGGUUUGACAUCCCUAACGUGCACCAUCAGGGCGGGCCCCCGCUGUACGAGUGCUCCCCCGGCCAGCAGGGCCCCAUGAGGUUCGCCCCGCAACACAACCUGCAGCCCAUGAGGCCCAUGGCGCCCCCCAUGUACGAGAACCCCAUCCCCCCGCAGCAGAACUUCAACAUGGCCCCCCAGUGCUUCCCGGAGCCAAUGAACACGGCGUUCCCCUCGGGGCUGGCGUUCCCGGCUCAGCCCAGCAUGCAGCCGGGAGGCGGGACCUUCAACAUGCAGCCGGCGCCCUUCAGCCAGCCGGGCUCCGCCCCCUUCUACAGCCCCCCCGCGGCCCCCGCCGUCAGCAUGCAGCAGCCGGUGAACAUGUUGGGGGGGCUCAACCAGACGUUCCUGCCUCAGAACCCGGCGCCUUUCGGACAGCAGACUCUGCAGGCCCCCCCCCCUGAGAACCACUUCGGUCAGGUGGACGUCAACGACCUGCUGUCCAAGCUCAUCUCCAACGGCAUCAUCAAGCCGUCGCAGCCCGACGCCAUGGCAACCGCCGCCGCCGCCGAGCCGACGUCCGCUCCGGCAGCAGCGCCGCCUCUGGUGGUGGAGGAGGAGGAGGAGGAGGCGGAGGUGGAGGAGGAAGACGACUUCCCCGACUUAACGAGCUUCAACGUCGACGACAUGAAACAGCGUUACGAGAGCGUGGUGACCCGGCUGUACUCGGGGAACCAGUGCUGCCUGUGCAGCAUGAGGUUCACCGCCACCCAGACCGACCUGUACGCCGACCACCUGGACUGGCACUUCAGACAGAACCACGCCGGCAAAGUCGCCAGCAAGAAGAUCACACACCGCCGCUGGUACUACGGACUCACG